AGGGAAGUUGGUAAACAAUGGGAAGAAGGAAAGGACGUGGUUUCAAUAAAAUGGUGAACAAGAAAUGUGCAGAAUGUGAAAAGGAGGUCCCCAUAGCACGCAAGUUUUGUACAUGUGGACAUGAGUUUGUGCCAAAAAAGUCUCUAUCACCAUCAGGCAAUGAUUCACCACAGACUAAAGUAAGAAAAACAGAGGAAACAAAGAGGGUUAUCCAAAAACCAGACUAUUUUGACUCAGAAGUAGAAGAAAUCUCAUCAAAACGAGCCAAGACUAUAACUACAAAUAUCAGAAGGAGGGGGAGACCUAAAGGAUCAACAAAUAAACACAUUUCAUCAUUGGACAUUUCUAAAGGCAGUAAAAUGAAUGAUCUCUUGGACUUGAAAAGAAAACAGUUGGAACUUGAAGAGAGAGCGGUAGAAGCACUGGAGAAGAUAGCUAGUGCUCUGGAGGGAUGGCAGCAGAAAUCUAACUAAUUGUUUGUUUUUUAAUUAUUUUUUUUUU